ACUUCCCACCUAACUAGAGCCGGAAAGUGAAGUGCCCGGUUUAAACUCCGACAUAUUUAGCACUCAACAUCCUUCACCAGAGCAGGAAAAAGGAAAGUAAAAACUAAAAAGUAAAGAAAAGAAACAAAGCGAAAAUAACAAAAGUACAAAUAAAAGCGUUUUAAAAAAUCUAAAUCUCGAAAGUACCCCUGAUCCAGUGAUCCCUUCAAAAUCCUAAAAUUUAAUUUCUGAGCAGCCUCUCACUUUCUACGUGUGGAUGGAGCUGAAGAAGCACCAAGAUCAGAGGCUCCCUGAGAGGAAGGGGCAAAAAAGGAAACUUGAAGAGGAAAUCGAGGAGGAGCAGAGAGAGAUCUCGGCGGUGGAGGAGGCCGCUGCAGCUCCCUACGGCGAGGCACGGAAAGUGAUAUUGAACGAGGUUUAUGCUCAGGUUAAUAUCCUCAACUCUACCUUCUCAUGGGACGAAGCUCAUCGCGCCACCGCCAAACGCGCUACUCACGUCCUCGCAGAACUCGCAAAAAACGAGGAAGUAGUGAACUUGAUUGUUGAAGGAGGUGCAGUUCCUGCACUGGUUAAGCAUCUUCAAGUACCACCGUCAAGUGAAAUUGAUCAUGAUAAUUCGAAGCCGUUUGAGCAUGAAGUCGAGAAAGGAAGUGCUUUUGCGCUUGGGCUGCUUGCAGUCAAGCCAGAGCAUCAGCAACUCAUUGUUGACGCUGGGGCUUUGUCACAUCUUGUGAGCUUGUUGAAGAGGCAAAGGGAUGUUCAUAAGGAUGGUUCUGAUUCUCGAGCUGUGAAUAGUGUUAUUAGGAGGGCUGCUGAUGCUAUCACCAAUCUUGCUCAUGAGAACAGCAGCAUUAAAACUCGUGUUAGGAUGGAAGGUGGGAUUCCUCCUCUGGUUGAGUUGCUUGAAUUCACUGACACAAAGGUGCAAAGAGCAGCUGCUGGGGCACUUAGAACCCUGGCUUUUAAGAAUGAUGAGAACAAGAAUCAGAUUGUUGAAUGCAAUGCUCUUCCCGCCCUUAUAUUAAUGUUACGAUCUGAUGCUGCUGCCAUACACUAUGAAGCAGUAGGUGUGAUUGGAAAUCUGGUACAUUCAUCCCCAAGCAUAAAAAGAGAAGUUCUUGCUGCUGGGGCUCUCCAACCUGUUAUUGGUUUACUUAGCUCCUGCUGCUCUGAGAGCCAAAGGGAGGCUGCUUUAUUACUUGGACAAUUUGCAGCAACAGAUUCAGAUUGCAAGGUGCACAUUGUACAAAGGGGUGCUGUUCAACCUUUGAUCGAGAUGCUCCAGUCUCCCGAUGUCCAACUGAGAGAAAUGUCAGCAUUUGCAUUGGGGAGGUUGGCACAGGACACACACAACCAAGCUGGUAUAGCCCACAAUGGUGGUCUAGUGCCAUUACUGAAGCUUCUGGAUUCAAAGAAUGGAUCUCUUCAACAUAAUGCUGCAUUUUCUCUGUAUGGCCUUGCAGAUAAUGAGGACAAUGUCUCUGAUUUUAUCAGUGUGGGAGGUGUUCAGAAGCUGCAGGAUGGAGAGUUUAGUGUUCAGGCAACAAAAGAUUGUGUAGCCAAGACUUUGAAAAGACUGGAGGAGAAGAUUCAUGGAAGAGUUUUAAACCACUUAUUGUAUCUAAUGCGUGUAGCGGAGAAGGCUGUCCAACGACGUGUUGCUCUAGCUCUUGCACAUCUUUGUUCCCCAGAUGACCAGAGAGCAAUAUUCAUUAAUAAUAGUGGAUUGGAUUUACUCCUUGGGCUUCUUGGCUCUUCAAGCCCGAAGCAACAACUUGAUGGAGCCAUAGCUCUUUACAGGUUGGCCAACAAAGCAACGAUUCUUUCUCCUGUGGAUGCGGCUCCUCCUUCUCCAACACCGCAGGUGUAUUUAGGAGAGCAGUAUGUAAACAAUGCUACAUUGUCGGACGUCACCUUUCUCGUCGAAGGUAGACGAUUCUAUGCCCACAGAAUUUGCCUGCUUGCUUCCUCAGAUGCAUUUCGGGCAAUGUUUGAUGGUGGUUACCGGGAAAAGGAUGCAAGGGACAUUGAAAUUCCAAAUAUCAGAUGGGAGGUUUUUGAGUUGAUGAUGAGAUUCAUAUACACAGGUUCAGUAGAUGUUACAUUAGGUAUCGCACAGGAUCUCCUCAGGGCUGCUGACCAGUUGAAAGCCGAUGUCAUAAACAUUUUAUGUUUGCUUAAGGAUAUAACAUUGGAAAACAUUUCAAGCAUGUAUGAACUUUCGGAAGCUUUCCAUGCUAUUUCAUUGAGGCACAGAUGCAUUUUGUUUAUUUUGGAGCAGUUCGAUAAAUUGAGUGAUAAGCCCAGGCACUCUCAAUUAAUCCACCGUAUAAUACCCGAGAUUCGUGAUUACUUUGACAAAGCACUCACCAAACCUAACCAACAUAACUCGCGGCUCUAGACGGCUGGUUUUGAUUCUUCGUAUCUGACUAGAUAUUUUUGUACAGAAAGUGGUAGAUGUUCUCAUUGAUGCUGAGCCAUUGAAAUAUUCUAAUAGGUUGGUGAAUAGUAUGGCUCCUAAAUUCUUAAUCUUUCCUGUUGCCUGAGUUACGUUGCAUGUUAGCACUCUGUAACUUUCCACAUUAGUUCCGCUGAGAUUGUUGAUGGAAACACGGGCCACCUCCAACAUGAUUGCGAUGUUCAUGUA